GACCUUAAUUUCAUCCAUUUUGACCUGCCACCAAAGCCCUAAAUUUGGGAAGCUAACUUGAUUGAUUGCAACUGGUUUAAUAUUUUGUGCGGCACUGCUUUGAUGCAAGUUCACUCAAUAGUUAUAACAAAAUCCUUUUCAAAGCAUAUGAUCUAAAGAAAGCAUAUAAGAUUAAUGAAUGACAAUGAUUCUUUUACAGUCCAUUUUUCUUCGGAGAAUUGAAAUUUGUCUACCUAUAAUCUUCUUCAGAACUUGAUGGAAUCUAACUACAUUCGCGCUAUGGAAGUAGCAUUACUCGUUCUCUUAUUCAUUACCUUUCUUUCGGCACUCUUAUUUUUGUUCUAUGAAAUAUUAAUAUGCUCAAUAAGCCGUGACAUAGCUCGAAAUAGGACAACAAGUGAUCCUGAAAGAGGAACAGAAGGUUUAGAUGCUGGAGAAAUAGUGGAAAGAGCAGUUGGCAGUGAGAGUCAAACCCUUUUGAGAAUACACGAGGCAUUGGGAGCUCUUCGUCCGCGUAAUCAACAGCAGCAGCAGCCUCAGCCUGGAAAUGAUAAGAGGAAAGGGGUGAUAAGGAGCCUUCCGGAGCCUGAAAGUUAUGGUAGUAGAUAUCAGAGAAAAUGAAUGAUACAGCAGAAGAAUGUGUGAUUUGCUUGGAAGAGUUUGUGAGUGGUGAUGUUUGUAGAAUUCUGCCUACUUGCAAGCACAUUUUUCAUUUGGGAUGCAUUGAUAAGUGGCUUUUAAAUCAUCAAUUGGCUUGCCCAAUCUGUCGUUCCUCUGCUAUAAAUGAAUGAAUGGUUGCACCCAUUCCUUUAGGGAUUAAAGUUUCCAUUUCCCUCCGUCCCUUGGGCAUGAAAUGUUUGUGUGUAAAAGUUUUUUGUUUUCAUCGUUUUGAAGAUAUAAUUUUUGUUCAACUAUUUUUCCCAUUAGUCUGAUUACCAUAUUAAUGAUCAAAUUUUAGAGUCCAAUAUAU